UAUUUAGGAUCUACUCCCAGUACUGUACGUCACGCGAGAAGGUACAAAACAAAGAUGUCAAACUUGUCUCAUAGCAAAGGGACACGAAAACCAGAAAACAUUAUCAUCUGGGAUAUUUUUACACAUUUUAGCUCUUAAACCCUUUUUUUAACACGGUCGUGACAAGGAUCUAGGGAAUUUGGUUAGCCCUCGAGCUAAGUUUACACAAGAAUAAUUAGGACGGAACGGUUGGUUAGUUUGUUUGGCGCUUUUUAAAAAUACAUUUAUUGAGCGUGUUAGCUCAUGCUACGAGUAGGAACGGGGUUCUGGUGACAGAUGAAACCCUUAGCAGUGUGAGUAAUCAGCUCUGGGCUUUACUGAGUCAUCUAUUUCUCACAUAAAAGAAGAAAAUUACCGGCAACAUCAGCGGUACAGCACGGACAUCAUCGGCGCGUGACGCUUGAUUUCCUUCCCUACGCUGACUAAACCCCGCCUCCUGUCUGGAUUACCUCCUGUGACUCGCUUUGCGGAAAGAUGGCGGCAAACAAACCCAAAGCACCGAACUCUCUGGCCCUCCACAAAGUGAUAAUGGUGGGCAGCGGCGGAGUGGGCAAAUCCGCACUCACGCUCCAGUUCAUGUACGACGAGUUUGUGGAGGAUUACGAGCCCACUAAAGCCGACAGCUACAGAAAGAAAGUGGUUCUGGAUGGAGAAGAGGUCCAGAUUGAUAUUUUGGAUACGGCAGGGCAGGAAGACUACGCUGCCAUUCGGGAUAACUACUUCCGAAGCGGAGAGGGAUUCCUCUGUGUGUUCUCCAUCACAGAAUCCGAGUCUUUCGCCGCCACUGCUGACUUCAGAGAGCAGAUCCUCAGAGUAAAGGAGGACGAGAACGUGCCCUUCCUGCUGGUCGGAAAUAAGUCUGACCUGGAGGACCGGAGGCAGGUGGGAGCGGAGGAAGCCAAAGCCCGAGCCGAUCAGUGGGGCGUCAGCUACGUUGAGACGUCGGCCAAAACCCGGGCCAACGUGGACAAGGUGUUUUUUGACCUCAUGCGAGGGAUCAGAGCCAGGAAAAUGGAGGAAGGCAAGGAGAACGGGAAAAAUAAAAGAAAGAGUUUAAUGAAGAGGAUUCGGGAGAGAUGUUGUAUUUUAUAAAGACUGACUUGCUGUGAUGUCACUUCCUCCCAUUUUUAAUGUCUGUCUAAUUGCAGCUCAUUUUAUUUAACUUCUUUUCAGAAGGGUAACAAGGGACAGAAAAUCAGGUAUGUACAUGUGUACUCGGGACUUGGAACAAGUCUCGACGAACAGGUUUCAUUUCAUUAUUUAAAUGUACAUAGCUCAUAUGACACUACUGUGGGGUUUUUUUGUUUUAUUUUUUUCUUUUGCCAGCACACUGAGGACCCAGUACUACCCUGAAAAUAUCACUUGGGCUGCUUUCACACUUGGAAUGUUUUCUUAAGCGUCAGCGCAUAUAUUACAGGAAGUGGAUGCAAGCCAGGCAGAAUGUGGAUGCUUCUAAAAAGCAUACCGGUCCUUAAUGUUUCUUGGUCAUAGCUCUUCUAUAGUUGGGAAAAAAAGUGCAGAGUGAUGCACACGGGCAUCGUGACAUUUUGACCAAUUCGUUUGCAGGUUAGGGGCGAGCUUGAAAAUCAAACAUUGAAGGAGGAUUUUUUAGGAUGUUCACCAGUAUAUAGAGUAACUUCACUGUUAGUUCUCUUGAAUUUCUGCCUCCAGUGUUACAACAAACGUAAACAACCUCCUCAUCAGAGUCUUUAAUUCAGUUAGGUUGUCUUUAUUUGUCACAUACAUUACUGCACAGUGAAAUUCUUUCUUCGCAUAUCCCAUCCUUGGAGGUUGGGGUCAGAGCACAGGGUCAGCCAUGAUGCAGCGCCCCUGGAGAAAGGUGGGUUGGGGGCCUUGCUCAAGGGCUCAACAGUGGCAGUUUGUCGGGCUUGAACCCCGAUCUUCCGGUCAACGACCCAGAGCCAUAACCACCGCAACCAUCAUCUACAUUACUGAUUAUAAUCAGUCUAAUUAGAGGGAUGGGGUAGCUUAGAGGUCAAGAUGUUGGACCACUGAUCAGAAGGUGAUGAGUUCACAUCCAAGGUGCCCUUGAGCAAGGUCCUUAACCCUUAAAUGCUCAGGUGUAUGAAAAUGGGACAAUGUAAGUCACUCUGGAUACUAGGACUGGUAUGAGGAGUGUUGUAGUUAUAGUCUGUUUUUUGGGCCAAACCAGUAGAACUCUAAUCCUUUAAUCCCUUGACCUUGUUUUGGAUCGACAACAAAAUGUUCAUCAGGUAAUAGCAAAUAUUCAAGUCCUACAUUUAAGCACUUAUUUCUAAGGUAAUAGACUGACAAGACUUACCCAACAAAGUCAAACCUGGCCUUGAGAUCUCUGUAUGAGCAACAAGAAGGACGCUAUCGAAGGAAAACUGUUUGACCUCGACUCUGCCAGGAUCAGUUACAAAAAUCAAAUCACUUCAUGCGCCAGAGGCAUAAAAAAAAUGCCAAGUGUAAACGCAGCCUUAGUUCACUACACGGGUUUGAGGUUAUUUGGGUUCUGUGCAUACUUUA